AUGCCUCUAUUUUCAACGCGAGGCCCCACUAAAGAUAGCUUGGAGUAUGGCGGCAUAGACGAUGUCCAAUCUCAGCGUAAAUCCAACAGGCAGCUUACGACGUCCAGCCUCAUUCGCAGGCUGUUCUUCAGCUUAGUUGUUGUUGCAGCACUUGCUCAAGCAUUUUUUCAUCUUCUGCCAGACCUUCAACGCCUCAUAGAAACACCCCCAAGCUCUGGUCCUUCGCAUUCACGGGACAUCGCAAAAUGUCCUGGUUACGAAUUGCACUCGCUGAAACACACGAACACCGGACUCACCGCUCGUCUUUCCCUUGCGGGACCUGCCUGCAAUGCUUUUGGAACCGACGUCUCUGACCUCACGAUCAAGGUCGUCUAUGAAACCCAGUCUCGUCUCCAUGUCAACAUCUUUGACACGGCCGACAAACAGUACACCAUUCCCGAGUCUGUGAUCGACCGACCUCCACCUCCAACCCAAUCGUUUACCAAAACUUCGGACAUUUUGUUCAAUUACGAGUCGUCGCCAUUCGCGUUUUGGAUCACGAGAAGAUCGCAACCUGACACAACACCGCUGUUCGACACCAGAAUCACCUCGUUACCGGAGACGCCUAUCUCACCUGUAAUCCCGGGCGACAACUCGACAGCUCUGGGUGGAUUUCCUCUUGUUUUCGAAGACCAGUAUCUCCAGUUGGCUUCUGCUGUUCCCAAAAACACAAACAUCUAUGGUCUAGGCGAGGUUAUCUCUAGCUCAGGAUUUCGUAGAAACAUUGGUCCCGCCAAUGGCACGAUCCAGACGAUGUGGAGUCGCGACGUAUCAGAGCCAGUCGACGAGAACUUAUACGGCGCGCAUCCCGUCUAUUUGGAGCAUCGUUUCGACCCUCAAAGUGCAACCUCGCAAUCUCAUGGCGUUUUCUUGCUCAGUGCUGCUGGCGGAGACAUCCUCCUCCUGACGCCUCCCUCGUCCAGUGUUUCUCUCGUCGAAUAUAGGAUGAUUUGUGGUGUUCUGGACUUCUACUUCUUCUCUGGGCCCACACCGAAUGAGGUCAUCGAACAAUACGGCGCCCUGAUUGGCCUUCCGACAUGGCAACCUGCAUGGGGUUUUGGCUUCCAUCUCUGCCGAUGGGGCUACAAGGACUUGAACGAAACGCGUGAACAGGUUAUCCGGAUGCGCGAAGCCAAUAUUCCUCUCGAAGUUAUGUGGAACGACAUAGAUCUUUACCAUGCCGUUCGUGAUUUCACUUCUGACCCUGUCAGCUAUCCUGGCGACAAAGUGCGAGAGUUCAUACGAGAGCUGAACGCAAAUCACCAGCACUAUAUCCCAAUCGUCGACGCAGCCAUCCCGAAACAGGUCAACGCAACCGACCUGUAUCAUCCGUACACAAAAGGAGUCGAAGAGGAGGUGUUUAUCGCGAACCCCGACGGUACGGAGUAUGUUGGACAGGUCUGGCCGGGAUACACGGUUUUCCCUGACUGGUUCCAGAAGAACACCCAGCAGUGGUGGACGGAUGCAUUCCGCAACUGGAGUGAAUCUGGGAUCGAGUUCUCUGGCAUCUGGCUGGACAUGAACGAGGCUAGCUCGUUUUGCGACGGAUCUUGUGGGACUGGAGCCAACCUCAUAAACACGAGCGUCCCGUUUAUUCUCCCUGGCGAACCAGGUCAUUUGAUACUCGGUGGGUCUGACUUUCUUUCUUACAGUGAAAAGGACUCGUCGCUGAAGUGGACGCCUGCAGAUUAUCCGGAAUGCUACAACGCAACGAUCUUUGGCCCAAGCGGAAACAUUACCGUGAAUGGAACGUUGACAUGUCUUUUCAACGAGGAUGCCACACCCAUUUCGUCGAUCAACAAGCGAGGUCUUGGAGCUGGCAAGCAGCGGAAUGUCGAUCUGAACACCCCUCCUUAUGCAAUUCAUAACGGCUUCGGACGAUUAUCGACACAUGCUCUGGCAACUAACGCUACCCAUGCCCAAGGUCAAGUUGAGCUUGACGUCCACAACCUUUGGGGUUUGAUGGAACAGAAGGCGACGCAUCUUGUGCUUCAAGAAGUCAUUCCGAAACAGCGUCCGUUCAUCAUUAGCCGCUCAACCUUCCCUUCCUCGGGGAGAUGGACAGGACAUUGGUUGGGAGACAACUUCAGCUUAUGGUCAUAUCUCCGAUACAGCAUAGCCGGUAUACUGCAGUUCCAGAUAUUCCAGAUCCCUUUUGUUGGUGCGGACACGUGUGGCUUUGAUGGAAAUACGGACGAGGAGCUCUGCAAUCGGUGGAUGCAGCUCUAUGCCUUCAUGCCCUUUUACAGGAACCAUAAUAUCAAGGGGCAAUACCACAGGAGCCGUAUCGCUGGGACAGUGUCGCAAACGCGUCACUACACUCUGUUUGCGAACUCGUCCAUGUAUGGAACCCCUCCAGUUCGGGCGCUCUUCUUCGAGUUCCCCAACGAGCCCGAACUAUUCGACGUCGAUGCUCAGUUCUUGAUUGGAGCUGAUAUCCUGGUUACCCCCGUGCUGGAACCAAACGUAUCCACCGUGUCAGGCUUCUUUCCUGGGUGUGGCCAAGUCAUCUGGCGUGAUUGGUAUACCCAUAGUGUCGUCCACAGCGUUCCUGGGGAGCCCACAACUCUGUCGGCGCCUCUGGGCCAUAUUAAUGUCCAUAUUCGCGAUGGCUCUGCACUCCUUCUGCACGUUGAGCCCCGGUAUACGAUCGCAGAAACGCGCCGAGGGCCCUACUCGCUUCUCGUUUCUCUGAAUGCGGAGGGUGUGGCAUAUGGAUCCGCAUAUAUCGACGACGGUAUUAGCUACCCACCUGGCCCACAUCGGAUUCUCACUUUCUCGAUACGCAACAACUCUAUAUCGAUCUCCAGCACAGGGUCUUUCGAAGUAGCGCAGAAACUUCAGGAGAUCACUAUUCUCGGGGUGAACGCCAGACCGAAGGCUGUUGAUCUGAACGGGAGGGUGACUGCGCAGUGGUUGUAUGCGCCCCAACAGGAUAAGCUCGUGAUGAGUGGUGUUGAUGCGGACUUGAACGACCCUGUCUUUGUGGAAUGGAAGUAA